GAUGUAAUUACUAUCGAAUCUGUUGGUCUGAAUAAGGAAUCAGUUGUGGGCUUCAGGAUGAACAGUCAAAUGAGGUGGGUGUAUGGGGCGUGAUCAGAUCACGUGAUUAACGCAAAAUCUGCUGCAUUCUCUGUAUCACAGUUCCUUUAGGAGCAAGAAUUAGAGCAGUUGGUUAGUGUGUGCCUCCCGUGCAAGAAUUCCCCAGUUCAGUCCCCAGGGGGUAACCUCAAGUCUUUGUUUCGACUCCUUUCCUUUCUUGUAUCUACGACUAGCUUUGACCAGCCUAUGNGGGGGGGGGGGGGGGGGGGGGGGUUAUACACAGGCUAUGCUUUGAGUACCUUUUAAUAUCCGUCAAAUGGGGUAAGGCGGUCGCCCUCAGGUUUGUCAAUCAGGUCCCGGUUAAAUCACCAUCCAGUCGAUAAGUAUUACGGAAAAUUGUGCUAUCCGCUGGUUAGUGAUUUAUCCCGUGGAUAGCGCUAUCCAACGUUUUAACAACCGGGGCCAGAUGAUGACUUUUUCGAGCUAACGACGUAAAAUAAAAACUCUUCUCGUUCACCUUUUUAUCUUCGCCCUUUUGUAUAGUUAAUUUACUUUGCAGAAUGACAACUGUAUAAUCUACCUUUUUCAGACACACCCUUCCAUUCGAGGCAUUCUUCGCUCCCAGUUCUGAUCCGGACUUCACAGUCACCCCAGCAUACGGGGAACUUCCUCCAUUUCGUACUGAAGGAACACUGAUCAAGGUGGCCUACAAACCUCAAAUAUACGGCAAGACGCACAAGGCUAAACUGGUGGUUCAGGUAAGAUCUAUUAGCCUCAACUGGCCCUUGUUUCCCACUCGACCCCAGAUCCUCUCAGAUGGCAAUGCGCGGAAAAAGCACGAAAACUUUAGGGCGAUGAGUGAUGACAGAAAUGACCUUCUCCCGCCCUUUUUGUUAUCAUGCCCCACAUAUGGCCAGGAGCUCCUGAUAUGGCCGAGUUUUUUCUAGUCUCCCAUGAUUCGUCUUGUCUACUUACAAAUGACAAAAGUUGUGGUUGGCGACUAUCUUCGUUUUGCUGAUAAAGUUCAUCAUGUUGACAAUAUCUGUGAGGCGUUUUUCGUUUGAAUUCCCAGCUAUAGGACGGGGCUAGUCACUAAUUAUAUUAACGAGAUUAAAAACAUCAACUUUCAAUAAGCUUCCUGGCGAAAGCAUGAUCAUUUUAUUAAGUCCGCAUUUUUCUUGGUUUUCUCGCAGACAUCAGACAUGCAAUGGACGUAUGAUAUUCUAGGUACAACCGCUGACUACAAUCCGCCAAACGCGCGGGCAAGAAUCACGUCCACCAGUGCAAACUCGGCGCGCUGGACCGUGAAGCAGAAGAAGAACUAUGUACUAGAGAACUUGAAGCUACAGAGUACAGCAGUGUCAUCCCCAUAUAAGGGAGUAAGACUUGUGUCACGUUCAGCUAGAUAA